GAGGACUUUCCCCUCCUGAGAGCAGCAGGACAACAUGCAGAUUAGCCUCAGCAGCCCUCAACACAGGACCCCUCCACCGCUGCAGUGAUGCAUCCUCAGGCUGGGACUUUCAGCUGUGAGUGAACCACAACUAACCAGCAUGAGCGCCGACACCAUCUGCAGGCCAGAGCUGGACUCGGAGCACAACGGGGAGCUGGCCGACUUGGUGGCAGCCAUGAACGUCGCCGGCAACCGCCUGACCCCGCCUAAUGGCUACAGGUCCGGUCCCCCGAGGACCACCGGCUCUCACAGGGCUCGACUCUCAGACAGGAAGCUGUCGCUGCAGGAGAGGGGGAGCCGCAUGGCCCGCCAGCCCACCAUCGAGACCAAACGUGUGUCCAUCACAGAUGCUGAUGACUGUGUCCAGCUCAACCAGUAUAAGCUGAACAAAGAGAUUGGAAAGGGCUCAUACGGAGUGGUGAAACUAGCUUAUGAUGAAGAUUCUGAGCAGUACUAUGCCAUGAAAGUUGUUUCAAAGAAGAGGCUGAUGAGGCAGUGUGGAUUUUUGCGCCGCCUGUCUCCUCAAGGAUCAAACUCGCAGCAGGAUCCGUUCCCCAAAGCAGUGUUGCCCCUGGAGAAAGUGUACAAAGAGAUCGCCAUCCUGAAGAAACUGGACCAUCAUAAUGUGGUUAAACUGGUGGAGGUGCUUGAUGAUCCUGAUGAAGAUGGACUUCACAUGGCCUUCGAACUGAUGACAAAAGGUCCGGUGAUGGAGGUGCCUACAGACGAGCCUUUCACAGAGGAACAGGCUUGCUUUUACUUCAGAGACGUUGUCCUGGGAAUUGAGUACUUACACUACCACAAGAUCAUCCACAGGGACAUCAAACCCUCCAACCUGCUGCUGGGGGACGACGGUCACGUCAAGAUCGCGGACUUUGGAGUGAGCAACACGUUCGAGGGGGCGGACGCCCUCCUGUCGAGCACGGCGGGGACGCCGGCCUUCAUGGCCCCAGAGAUGAUGACCGAACACGAGCAGAGCUUCAGUGGAAAGGCGUUAGACGUGUGGGCGAUGGGAGUCACGCUGUACUGUUUCGUCUUUGGGAAGUGCCCUUUUUUUGAUGAAUACAUCGUCUCUCUGCACAACAAGAUCAAGAACAAACCUGUGGAGUUUCCAGAGACGCCGCUGAUAAGUAAUGAACUGAAGGAACUCAUUGAAAAGAUGCUGGACAAAAACCCUGAAACAAGAAUCACCAUCCCUGAAAUUAAGCUCCAUGCCUGGGUGACGGAGAACGGCUCCAAUCCUCUUCCUCUGGAGGAGGAUCACUGCACGGCAGUGGAGGUCACCGAGGAGGAGGUGCAGAACAGCGUGAAACUCAUAACCAGCCUUUCCACCGUGAUUCUGGUGAAGUCCAUGCUGAGGAAGCGGUCUUUCAGUAAUCCCUUUGAGUGUCAGGGCAGACGGGCGGAGAGGUCCAUGUCUGCCCCUGGAGGUCUUCUUACCGGUUCUUUUGGCUUAUUGGGGUCUUCGCCUCUGCUUCAUCCUUCCUCGAGGAAAGUCAGCAACGAGGGGAGCAGAGACGGAGAGCUGGAGGACUUGUAUGAAGACGAUACAUUUACAGAGUGCACAGAUUAAACUGAGACAUGCACGCAGAUUAAGAGCAUGCAGAAAGUUUUUUGUUUUCUACCUUUCUUUGUCUUUAAUUCUAAACUAAUUGUGCUUUUGCUUCCUCCUUGCUGUACUUAUAUGCUUUUCUCACUUUAGUGAAUAAGACUGUGAAAAUAUAUUGAAGGUAACACUUUAUAUUAAAGGUACACAUAUUGAUCUUUAACUAGUUGCUUAAUUGGGAGGUUAUUGAGGGAAAACUCUUAAUUAAUGGUCUGUUAGUUGUAGAAUAUGGCCAUGCAGAAUAAGGCUUUAAUAAGUGUUUUACCAUGACUAAUUAAGAGGCAGUAUGCUGCUAAUAUGCAUGCUAAAGAGCAGCGAGGUAAUGUAAGUAUGUGCACCAUAUAAAGUGUUACCAUAGUGAAUAUUAUACGGAUAGAUUGCUUUAAAUACUUAAACUGAUCACAAGUCAGAUUAGAUUUUAUUCUGUCUCUCUGCUUGUUUGCUGUUUGGUCAAUAUUUCACAAAUGGCACGAUUGAUUAUCUGUUUGCUUUGGAUUGUUCAAAGUGUAAAUAUAUACUCCAGAAAGAUAUUUUUACAUUUUCCUACAGCUGUUGAAGAUAAUAAACUUUCUCAUUUUAAACAAUGACUUUGAUC